AUGGUUCGUAUCGCGCCAAUCGUCCUGCGAAAAUACCUCCUUGGGGGCCAACUACCCUCAAGAGGAUGUCUGCGACAACUGAGACAUACUCGGCAGACUGCACAAUCUGUGUGUUGCCAGAGAUAUCACACGACGCAAACAAGUUCAGACUCAAGCUUGGCAGAACCUCCAGUCGCAUUUCGAAAGCAGUUGAAGGAGGAGGCAAAGCUACGAAAGGCUGAAGGCGGGAAGAUUUCAAACAAGGACAACCAGACCCUAGACAACUGGGAACUGACAGUUGGAAUCGAGAUACAUGCUCAAUUGAAUACUGCGCGAAAACUAUUCUCCGCGGCUGCCUCUACCAUCAACGAUGUACCGAAUACCCAUGUCGCACUCUUCGAUGUUGCGAUGCCUGGCUCCCAGCCCACCUUCCAAAAAGAAACCCUCAUACCAGCCUUGCGAGCUGCCUUAGCAUUGAACUGCGAUAUACAGAAAACAAGUCGAUUUGAUCGAAAGCACUACUUCCAUUGGGAUCAACCCUCCGGCUACCAGAUCACCCAGUAUUACGAACCAUUUGCGAAAGAUGGAUACAUCACUUUGUAUGCGCAUGAUGGCAUUGCGAAGGAGGACGGUGACCAGAUCCGAAUAGGGAUCAAGCAGAUACAAAUGGAGCAGGACACGGCCAAGACCAUAUCACAGCCUGGCGGCGUGCAUUUGUUGGACUUCAAUAGAGUGGGACUUCCCUUGAUCGAGAUCAUCACGCUACCCCAGAUUCAUCACCCAAGCACAGCAGCUGCACUUGUCCGCAAGGUACAGAUCCUGCUAAAUGCUGUGGAUGCUUGUGUUUUGGGUAUGCAAUCAGGGGGCCUGCGAGCUGAUGUCAACGUAUCUGUGAGGAGGCGUGAUGUGGAAGCUACCCACGAAUAUGCAGGAGUCAAGGGACUUGGGCAAAGGACGGAGAUCAAGAACCUGAGCAGCUUCAAGGCUGUUGAGGAUGCAAUCAUCGCCGAGCGAGACCGCCAGAUUGAGGUACUGGAAUCUGGAGGCAUCAUUGAGGGGGAAACUCGGGGCUGGACAAUUGGGAGCACGGAGACAAAGAGACUACGUGGGAAAGAAGGAGAGGUCGAUUACCGAUACAUGCCAGACCCAGACCUCGGACCAGUUAUCAUCGGACAAGACCUACUCGACCAUCUCAAAGGUACGCUAGGCGUUCUACCAGACGAAGAGAUUACUAUUCUGGUUGAGCAGUAUGGUCUAACUGUCAAGGACGCCAUGUCACUGGUAUCACUGGACGAUGGCGGACGAGUUGAAUAUUUCCGCAACGUUGUCGAUGAAUACAAGACUCCUGACAUGGAUUUGGCUACAGCAGGUCGAUUCUGCGGCAACUGGGUCUUGCAUGAGAUGGGAGGCAUGACCCAUCCAACCGCCGAUGAAGAGCAUCCUCUCAAAAUGACGAGCGAUGGGAUUUGCAUUAUCCCACGUACCAGCCUCGCGAGUCUACUUCGCCACCUCGACAAUAACAAAAUAACCGGCAAGACAGCCAAGAAAGUGCUGGCAAUCUUAUUCGAGAACGGGUUGCAUGGAAAAAAGGAUACAGUCGAAGCUAUCAUUGACAAGGAAGGAUUGUGGUUCAGCCCCUUGUCGAACGAAGAGAUGGAAGCUCUGGCAAGGAGCGUGCUGGAUGAUAAGACUGUCCAAGAGAUCCUUGCUGGAAAGACUGGAAAGAUUAAUUUCCUGCUGGGGAAGAUGAUGAGGCUGGAUACGGAUGGGAGGGUUGAUGCUCAGCGAGCUACGGCUAUGCUGAAGCAGGUUAUUGAGGAGCAGAGGAAGGAAUAAUAUCGAGUACCAGUGAGCCAGAAUAAACAUCAAUAAUAUCUGGAAGUUCUCUCCCGCUCUAUCUUCUCGUGAGAUCAACGUCAAGGACCACGCGCAUCCUCAUGAAACGGCACUUCUUCAAAAGCAAAUAACCGUACAAGCUUACACUCUGCACCUGUUCGCUGAUGCUCACUUGCCGCCCUCCUGACCCAAAAUAUAUGCUAUGGUAACGUAACAGUGCUUCUUCUCUUCUCAUCGGAUGAGUUCAAGUGAUGAAAUCAUGCGCCGACAUUGUUUGCUCUAUAGUCAACUUUUGGCAAAAAACGCAAUAUAUAAAUAGCUUUUCAGACCUGCACUCUUUGCUUUUACCUUCAUUCAAUUAUUCUCUGUGAAGCCUGACAUUGCUUUUGUAUUGGCGUUGACUUCGGCGGACUGGUUUUCUCGUUCUAAAUCUCUGUUCUGUUCCGCGUCGCUCAAUUCGUCGCUCAAUUUGGUCGUGGGCAAGCUUUCUUGGACGCUUUUAUUUUGAUUGAAU